AUGGAACGUGUAGAUUCCAACGCUUCCGCCGUUUCCAGAACGUCACGCAUCACCAGGGCUGCUUCGCUGGCGUCCAGAACAUCUUUGGCCACGAAAGUCACACGCGAACCGUCUAUCCGACAUCCACGCCGUGCUUCCAGGGCCGAACGUGUCUACGGGUUUAGUUACCUCACGGAUGAAAAUAGCAAGCUCCUUCUGUAUUUGGGACUCACCACCUCGUGCAUUUUGGGCACAUACACUCGACUUGGCCUCUCCAGUUUGACCAAUUACCAAGGAUCCUUUGUUUCGGGUCCCACAGUGCUGUGGCCCAACUUGACCGCGUGCAUCGUCAUGGGAAUGCUGCAGACGCUCAACAAAUUUGCUGUGAUUUCUCCGGUGCUAUUCACGAGUCUCACCGUUGGCUACUGUGGCCAGGUUUCCUCAUUUUCAAGCAUGGUACUCGAGAUGUUCGAACAUGCAACCAACCAGGGCGCGAAACCGACCCAUUUCCCGAACCGCGCGUACGGCAUUAUGGAAAUGCUCUCGGUCAUGUUUGUGCACUUGUUUGUCUCGUUCAGUGGCCUCAUAUUCGGCAUGCACCUCACAAAAGAGCUGGGCCGAUUUAUGGAGCGUGAAAAAGAGGAUACCGUGUUUGCGAUUCGUCUCAAAAAACUCUUCACUUACUGUCAGGUCGUGUUUUGUCUUGCAGCAGUCCCUUUGCUUGCACUUCACAUCGUCCUGGCUGCCGUUUACGGGAACUUUGCCCGUACUUGGAUGCUUUCGGUCAUUUUCGGCAUCCCUGGCGCUUUUUUACGCUAUUUUCUCUCGCGCUGGUACAACUUGAAGAUCAAGUACUUCCCGCUUGGAACAUUCCUCGCAAACGUCUUUGCCUGCGCUCUUAUUGCCGUUUUUACCUUGGUGCAACGCGGGAAGCUUAGAGACGGAACUACCAUUGCCAAAUCUGUUAAUACGUGCCGCAUUGUUACCGCACUUGUCAGUGGCUUCUGCGGCGCGCUUAGUACCAUCAGCACUUUCAUCAACGAAGGUUACAAGCUUCCUUUCUGCAAGACCCUAUUCUACUACACGGUGUCGCUGUUUGUCUCCUUUUGCCUCAUAGUCGUGAUAUUGGGCUCCUACAGUUGGACUAGAGGACUCGCACCUCCUAUUUGUUGA